UUUAAAAUUUAAAAAAAAAACAAACAAUUUUUAAAGAAAACUGAAGUAACCUCAUUUUCUGAAGUAAAACCAACACACCAACCGCAACUGCAAAAGAAAAAAUUUCUACAAAAAAAGACAUUCAAACUAAAGGCAAAGAAAAGAAGAAAAACAAAAACGCCACAACUCACUCUUUGAAAACCUGUUAUAAGAGAAGGCCUAAAAGCAUACUUCAUUUUUUAUUUUAAUUCUCAAUUUCUCUAAAAAGAAGAAAAACCUUAAAAACAGUCUUUUUGUAAAAAGCAAACAACUAUAACAACCAUUUAUAUAUAAAUUAUACCCUUGAUUGUAUUCCCCCCCUCAUAUAUAAGAUCAAUUUAUACUAUACGAAUUAUAUAUAGAAAUAUUUAUUGUAUUUGUGCAAACACACCCAGCCACACACACACACAUACACUCACAGAGCUAGAGACAUUGAACGUGGUGAUCUUAAGGUAAAUAACAAAAGUCCGAUUUUUUCUCAUUAUUCUCUUUUUUUAUUGUUGGUGUGAGAGAAAUUUUGUAUUUGUAUACACACAGAGACAAACCAACACACACACACACCCACAUAGAUUUGAGCUAAGUUUGUAAGCGUUUAUUUUGUUUAUAUACAUUUAAAGAAGAAGACAAACAACCAACAAAUUGUAUUUUGAUAUUAAUGAGCAACAUGCGUCAAAAGGAUUUACGCCCCGCACCCGCUCUUAUUGAGUUUAAGGGAAUGAAGUUCCUAAUCACUGAUCGGCCAUCAGAUGUAACCAUACAUCAUUAUAUAAUGGAAUUAAAGAAAAACAAUGUCAAUACUGUGGUUCGCGUCUGUGAGCCCAGCUAUAACACUGAAGAAUUGGAAGCACAAGGCAUCACAGUUAAAGAUUUAGCAUUCGAAGAUGGUACCUUCCCGCCGCAGAAUGUUGUUGACGAAUGGUUUGAGAUUUUAAAACAAAAAUAUCAACAGAAUCCUGAAGCUUGUGUUGCAGUGCACUGUGUCGCUGGUCUCGGCCGUGCACCUGUUUUGGUGGCAUUGGCUCUCAUUGAAUUGGGUCUUAAAUAUGAGGCAGCUGUAGAAAUGAUAAGAGACAAACGGCGAGGAGCCAUCAAUGCCAAACAGUUAUCGUAUUUGGAACGCUACAAGCCCAAGGCAAGGCUAAAGCACAAAAAUGGCCAUAAAAAUUCAUGUUGCGUGCAAUAGAUUUCCAAAAUAAUAAAAAAAAAACCAUAUAUAAAAAUAAAUUCCCACCAGUUGAAAA